AGUUGUUGUCGGUGUGGGUAGGUCGACGUCAUCGAUGACGGCUAUGGGCUUCAAGUCGGAUAAACGGCUUCUGUCAGACGUGUGGAUAUAAUGGCUGUUGGAGACGACCGUGAGGAGGAAAGACAAGAAACAAGGGAUCUGGACCAAGUCGAGAUUGAUUGAGAAGCACGAUCAUCAUGGUUACGCAGCACGGCGAGUAUUCGAUACCUGAUGAGCACCGGGUUCACAAACCCGGGGCUUGGCUGCCAGCCGACCACCGCAUCCAUCAAGAAUACCUGCGCCGCGUGAUAACCCACGUCGACGAGACCCCGCAGCAACUCCUUCCCGUGAUCGAGGAGUUCCAACAGCUCAUUGAAACGACCCCGCGCAUCUACAUGUACUUUGUGCAGAUGUUUGACGAGGCCUCGCGGAGGAAGCCGUACGUGCGCGAGUCCAACGUGGCCGCCCAGAUGCGGGACCAUCACCACAUGCUGCAGGUGCUCAACCACAUCCUGAGCCAGGCGCCGCAGUGGUCUGAUGCGGAGGCCGGCGUGGGCAUGAUUGGCGUUCCGAUGUGUGCGGUUUUCGACUACGAGAUGGGGACUCCGAGCGGGCAUGCAGCCUUUUUGGACCCGGAUGUGAACCGCAUGAUGAAGAAGCUGCUCAACGAGUGGGGAAAGUAUCUUCAGACUCCCGAAUCGGCUUCCGUGCUGGGCGAUGAUCGGUUGGGUUGGUUCGGGAAGACGGGCAUGGCCGAUCUUAUGGAGGUCGCGAACGCGCCGAACAAGUCGUCGUUCAAGUUUGAGGAAAUGUACAUCUGCGAUCCGUCUGCGGAACACUACGGCUUCAAGUCUUGGGAUGAUUUCUUCACCCGACGAGUGCACGACUCUGCACGCCCCGUCGCACAUCCCAACGACGACAGCGUCAUCGCCAACGCGUGCGAGUCAACCACGUUCCACGCCCAGCACGGCGUCAAGCUCCGCGACGAGUUCUUCAACAAGGGCCAGCCGUACUCGGUCCUAGACAUGCUGGCCCACGACCCCCUCGCGUCCGCCUUCGAGGGCGGCACCGUGUACCAGGCCUUCCUGUCGGCGCUGUCGUACCACCGGUGGCACGCGCCCGUGUCGGGGACGGUGCGGCGCGCCUUCGUGCAGGAGGGCACGUACUUCAGCGUGCUGCUGUCCGAGGAGGUGGGCGAGCCGGACGUCUCCGAGACGGGCGUUGAGGGCGCCCAGGGGUACCUGUCGGCGAUGGCGACGCGGGGCAUCAUCGUGAUCGAGGCGGACAAUGCGGACAUCGGGCUGGUGGCGUUUAUCGCGAUUGGCAUGGAGGAGGUGAGUACGUGCGAGAUCACGGUCCGCGAAGGGCAGCACGUCGUGAAGGGAGACGAGACGGGCAUGUUCCACUUUGGCGGGUCGACGUAUUGCAUGCUGUUCCAGAAGGGCGUCGAGCUGGAGGGUUUGCCCGAGGUUGCGGGGAGGGUGAAUGUGCCGGUUCGGAGCCAGCUGGGAGUUGUGAAGAAGAAGAAGUGAGCGUGAUCGUGAGGUAGUUGGUAUGGCGGUAUUGUAGUUGUAGACCGUGGGGGAGGUAUUGUUCGGUUGAUCCAUAGUCUCGAGUUAGUAUAGAUAAACCUAACAGUUUAGCAUCAGCCUAAACUGUCAGGUUAGUUUAAAUUGUUCAGCUUGUCUAAACUGUUAGGUUAGCCUAAACCAGGUAUUAGGUUAGUCUGGAUUUACAAUAGAAC